CUCUUUCGCCGUUUCCCGGUUCCCCGGGUCCAGCCCCGCCCGCCGCACCUGCACACCAGGAUAUUUUACUUCAGACAACAUGGUGAAAUUAAUUCAUACAAUAGCCGAUCACCGUGAUGAUGUCAACUGCUGUGCUUUCUCUUUUUCCCUCCUGGCAACUUGCUCCUUGGACAAAACAGUUCGCCUGUACUCCCUAAGUGACUUCACUGAACUGCCAUAUUCUCCGUUGUUGUUCCACACCUACACUGUCCACUGCUGCUGUUUCUCCCCUUCAGGACAUGUUUUGGCUUCAUGCUCCACAGAUGGUACAACUGUCCUGUGGAAUACUCAGAGCGGACAGAUAUUGACGGUGAUGGAACAGCCCAGUGGGAGCCCUGUGAGAGUUUGCCGCUUUUCCCCAGACUCCACUUGUUUGGUAUCAGGCGCAGCGGAUGGAACCAUUGUUAUGUGGAAUGCACAGACAUAUAAGUUACAUAGAUAUGGUAGUGUUAAGGAUGGCUCCUUAGUGGCCUGCACAUUUUCUCCUAAUGGAAACUUCUUUGUCACUGGCUCCUCAUGCGGAGAUUUAACAGUGUGGGAUGAUAAAAUGAGGUGUCUGCAUAGUGAAAAAGCCCAUGAUCUUGGAAUUACCUGCUGCGAUUUUUCCUCACAGCCUAUUUCUGAUGGAGAACACGGUCUUCAGUUUUUUCGUUUGGCAACAUGUGGUCAAGAUUGCCAGAUCAAAAUUUGGGUUGUUUCUUUUACCCAUACUUCAGGUUUUGAAUUAAAAUAUAAAAGUACACUGAGUGGGCACUGUGCUCCUGUUCUGUCAUGUGCUUUUUCUCAUAAUGGACGGAUGCUAGUCUCGGGGUCAGUUGAUAAGUCUGUGAUCGUGUAUGAUAUUAAUACUGAGAAUAUACUUCACUUGUUGACUCAGCACACCAGGUAUGUCACAACUUGUGCAUUUGCACCAAAUAGCCUCUUACUUGCUACUGGUUCAAUGGACAAAACAGUGAACAUCUGGCAGUUUGACCCAGGAACACUUGCCCAAGCAAGAAGCACAGAAUAUCAACCUAAGCUGUUUACUGAAAAUUGGUCAGAAGAUGAUGUCUCAACGUGGCUUUCUGCUCAAGGUUUAAAAGAACUCGUAGAUAUUUUCAAAAUAAAUAAUAUUGAUGGAAAAGAACUGCUGACUCUUACAAAAGAAAGUCUGGCUGAUGAUUUGAAAAUUGAAUCUCUAGGGCUGCGCAGUAAACUUAUGAGGAAAAUUGAAGAACUCAGGUCAAAGAUGAAAUCCCUUUCUUCUGAAAUUCCUGAUGAAUUUAUAUGUCCAAUAACUAGGGAGCUUAUGAAAGAUCCUGUCAUUGCAGCAGAUGGAUAUUCAUACGAAAAGGAAGCAAUGGAAAAUUGGAUCAAGAAAAAGAAACGCACAAGUCCCAUGACAAAUCUUGUUCUUCCUUCAUUAGUACUCACACCAAACAGGACUUUGAAAAUGGCCAUCAAUCGAUGGCUUGAGACACAUCAGAAAUAAAAUGGUCUAUAUUGCUUCAUAUUAUUUAUAUUUUCCAGUGAUCUCAUUUUUUUUGAAAGGAAAGGCAAAACAAGAGAAAGGUAAACAUCUAAACUUAGUUACCUCUAAAAUUGUCU